UUGCUGGCCAUUACUUUCACUUGCUUGCUAUGUGAACUAACCAAAAUAUGAAAAGCAAUAGUAUUCAUUAAUUGAUUUAUGUUGAAUAGUCUUUCAAUUGUAUGUCAAGAAUUUUUGUAAAAUGCCACUUUUGUUUGAAUAACAGAUUUACAGAUAAAUGCAAGGUGAUGAUGUGACUAUAUUGUGACAGCUCUAGCUAGCAAAUAGCUUAUUCAUAUACAGCGUAGGAGGUAGUGGCUAUCAAGCUAGCAUGGUGCUUGCUAAAUUCUCUGAUCCAAGGUUUUCCAUUGCAAAAUCCACAUCCAAAACGGUUCGGGUAUAGUCACUGUUAAUCUGCUGUUUUAACGCCUCAAAUCAAAAUUGAAAUGUUUUAGAGACAGCUAGAUAGCUAACGUUAGCUUGAUUUAACCGGAAUGCUUAGUGGCUAGCUAAUGCUAGCUACCUGACAACGUAUGCGGAGUAUCAAAUACAAUAUUCUGUAUUUUAGCUUUUGUUAAAUAAUUUAAACUGCAGAUUAUUCUCCAAAAGUUACCAAGCUAACUGAUUGUGUUAUCUACGUUUGCAUGCUAAUCAUCUGCUGAUCAGAUGGUCCAAGUUAGCCAGCUGGCUAGCUAUAGCUAGUAGUUGCAUAUACUAAGCAAGUAACGUUAGUUAGCUCAACGUUACUAGCCUCGCUAGCUAGCACAGCUGGGUGUCAGCCAACUACGCAAGAUGACAGAGCUUUAUAUUCCAGCAAAUGCAUUUCCAUUUAUCUGAUUUAUUUGCGCAUGUGCAAUUAUAAGCAAAUGCCAUUCCAAAUAGUGUAAGCGAUGUUUUUGGACGCGAACAGCUUGCUAGUCGUCACAUCAACCCCCUGUCAUGUUCAUGCCUGUCCACUGACACUGUUGUGAUGUUGCACAUACGUCGUCUGACAUCAUUUUGGCACCAACAUCUCUUUUGUCCUCCGUCUCAAGCUACUUACUUUCUUUCCUAUUCAAUUUUUAAAGUACUGUAAUAACAGAUGAAGUUAAUGAAACACCUAAAUGCUUUCGACCAUUAUACUGUGUUUAUUACAGACCCAAUGACUGGAAUAAAUUGAUAGAAUUCUUCCUCUGCCAAGAUGUCAAAAAGAGAAAGAGAAAGGCCAUAUGCCCCUCCCCCUCCCCCAGCCCCUACAACACAAUUGCCCAACACCCCCGGGUUUGUGGGGUACAACCCCUACAGUCAUCUGGCUUACAACAACUACAGGCUGGGAGGGACAACAAGCAACAACAGCCGGGCAACGAAUUCUUCAGGAAUAAACAUUCCAAAGCCACCCAAGCCGCCAGACAAGCCGUUGAUGCCAUACAUGCGAUAUAGUCGCAAGGUUUGGGAUCAAGUAAAAGCCUCCAAUCCUGAUCUGAAACUAUGGGAAAUUGGGAAGAUAAUCGGUGGCAUGUGGAGGGACCUCACUGAUGAGGAGAAACAGGAUUACUUGAAUGAUUACGAAGCAGAGAAGAUUGAGUACAAUGAGAGCAUGAAGGCCUACCACAACUCUCCAGCCUACCUGGCUUACGUCAACGCUAAGAGCCGCGCCGAGGCCGCUCUGGAGGAGGAGAGCCGACAGCGCCAGUCUCGUCUCGACAAGGGCGAGCCGUACAUGAGUAUCCAGCCAGCAGACGACCCAGAUGAUUACGACGACGGAUUCUCCAUGAAGCACUCGGCUGCUGCCCGUUUCCAGCGCAACCACCGGCUGAUCAGCGAGAUCCUGAGCGAGAGCGUGGUCCCUGACGUGCGCUCCGUCGUCACUACCGCCCGCAUGCAGGUCUUGAAACGGCAGGUCCAGUCUCUUAUGGUGCACCAGAGGAAGCUGGAGGCGGAGCUACUUCAGAUUGAAGACCGUCACCAGGACAAGAAAAGGAAAUUCAUCGAUGCCACAGAGUCUUUCAACAGCGAGCUGAAAAGGCUGUGUUGUAUGAAAGUGGAGGUGGACAUGGAGAAGAUAUCUGCAGAGGUCGCUGCGGCAGAGGAUGCAUCACGCAGGCGUAUGUCGGAGCGGGAGAAGGAGGCGUCCACGUCCUCUAGCCUGGAGGAGGAGGAGAAACCAGUUGGCCCGUCAAAUGGCAGCAAGAGCCAACAGGUGUCUGUCAGUGACAGCAGCAACAAGGAGAGAGAGGAGACGGAACCCAGCCCCAUGGAUACUGGUGAGAAGUCAAAGGCCUCGGAGGAGUCGACGGCUCGUCCUGCCAGUGAGGUUGAGGAGGGGGUGCCGUCGGAGGACAAGGAGAGUGUUCCGGAAGGGGUGAUGGAGGACGGCACCAGUGACAGUAACACGGGGUCGGAGACCACCUCUGCUGUGACGGAGGACGCCCCGCCCAGCGAGCCAGCAGCCUCAGAGGGGCCGAGCAGGGCACGCCCUACCGCCCACUGAAGAGUCGACCUUUGACCUUAGGGCCGAGAAAUGUCCAUGAUGCAUCAUUCCAUCUCUACAGUCACACUCUGAUGAUAACACAUUGUACAUUAGUAUCUAUGUGAACCCAAGUCGUGUUUAGAUGGGUUUUUAUUUCCGAUGGGAAGUUUGAUGCAAUUGGUUGAAUCUUCAGAGCUCUGUUGGCAAGGUCAAAAUAGACCUGCUGUCAAUUUGCGAAGCGCUUCAAGUCCACAAAGCAAAGCAAUUGUCCCAACUAAAGUGAAUGACAUCUAAAUUGAGUCACAAUUCAUACGGUGAAUUCACCGUAUUUCUAUCACAGACCGCAGUGCCAGUCGAUAGCAACCAGCCAUCACCUGUCAAUAUAUCCAAACAUAUCUCUUGUCUUAUUCUAUGGUACUAUAUCUGGCAGACACUAUGGUACUAUAUCUGGCAGACACUAUGGUACUAUAUCUGGCAGACACUAUGGUACUAUAUCUGACAGACACUAUGGUACUAUAUCUGGCAGACACUAUGGUACUAUAUCUGGCAGACACUAUGGUACUAUAUCUGGCAGACACUAUGGUACUAUAUCUGGCAGACACUAUGGUACUAUAUCUGGCAGACACUAUGGUACUAUAUCUGGCAGACACUAUGGUACUAUAUCUGGCAGACACUAUGGUACUAUAUCUGGCAGACACUAUGGUACUAUAUCUGGCAGACACUAUGGUACUAUAUCUGGCAGACACUAUGGUACUAUAUCUGGCAGACACUAUAGUACUAUAUCUGGCAGACACCAUUAAUCUUACUGAUUGAGGCUGGUUGUAAAAACUGUCGCAAAAAAAUAAGUUGUUCAAUGUUUAAUUACUUGUUCUUUGGAGUGUAAUGUUAUUGUUGCUUUCAAUGUUAUUUUUGCAUGAUGUCGCAACUCCUCAAAUGGAAGAGUUUGCUUAGUAACGGAAGGGGUGGGGUGACUCUCUCUCUCGAUAUUUUUUCAUGUUUACUCUAAGUAUCAGUAUUAAGUGACAGUAUUGUCUCAGGAGUUAAUAGAAAUAAGUAAUUGUUUUCAUUAUUUAUUAUUAUUCUUGUGCGUUGUGAGUCCUGGGCCCAGUCUAUCCGUCCACCAACCUGUUGUAUACGGCGCGUUCAUCCAUGCUGUACAGUUCUACCAGUCAGUGUUCCAAAGUCUGCUAGCUCUCAAUCAAAUCAAAAGCUGUAUGCUUAGAACAACCUUUCAGUGUUAUGUUAUUAUGACCGGUAGUACAAUGUUCAACCCCAGAACAAACUCUUAAAUGUUCAUAUGCAAUGUAAGAAGCAGUGUUACAAGGUUUGCGUGAAUGUGAGUGGUUUUUCAUCUCAUCCUUAAGCUACAUGGAAGAGCAGAGUGAGUCAUCAACAUACUGUCUUAAAAAUCGAUUUUGUUUGCCAUAUUUCUACCAAUAAACUUUUCUACCCUGA